AUGCAAGAUUUGAAAAACCAACGGCAAUCGAUCCAAUCUUCUUUUGACAAGCAAAGUGAAAAGGCAAGAAGUGAUUAUCGGAUGCGUUUAAAUGCCUCAAUUGAUGUAGCAAGAUUUCUCUUGACAUCGGGAUUUCCAUUUCGUGGACAUGAUGAAAGUGAAGGUUCCGAAUAUAAGGGUGCUUUUCUUGAACUUUUGAAAUGGUAUGGGGAUAGAAGUUUUGAUGUGGGAAGAGUAAUAUUAGGUAAUGCUCCACAAAAUGAUAUGAUGAUUUGUCCGACAAUUCAAAAAGAUAUUGUGGAGGCUUGUGCUAAAGAAACAACUAAGGCUAUCAUUGAAGACUUGGACGGUGAUUAUUUUGGAAUAUUAGUUGAUGAAUCAAAGGAUGUUUCUCAUAAGGAGCAAAUGGCUCUAAUUUUGAGAUAUGUCAACAAAAGUGGAAUGGUGAUAGAGCGAUUCUUGGGUAUUGUCCACGUAAAUGAUACAUCUUCUCAAUCAUUAAAAAAGGCAAUUUAUUCUUUGCUUUUGGAUCACUCAUUAUGUACAUCCAAAAUACGUGGUCAAGGUUAUGAUGGGGCUAGUCUUUCCAAAAAGAAUUCGGAUGUGGAUAAUUUUUUUUAUGUUCUCACUAAUAUUUUGAAUACUAUUGGAGCUUCAUUUAAACGCAGAGAUUCACUUCGACAACAUCAAGAAGAUAAAUUGGAAGAGUUGUUUAAAUUUGGAGAAGUUCAUACAGGGCAAGGUUUGAAUCAAGAACGUGGCUUCCAACGACCGGAUGAUACUCGUUGGGAGUCUCAUUUUAAAACCUUGGACAAUUUCCUGAUUCAUUUUUCUUCAAUUGUUAAUGUGCUUAAGUAUAUGAAACGUGAUUGUCCAUAUCAUCUUGAUAGAUUUGCGGCGGAAAUUUUUUUGAGCAAGAUUAAUGAAUUUGAAUUUGUCUUUAUGUUGCACUUGAUGUUUAAGGUGUUGCUAUUGACGAAUGAGUUGAAUAAAGUUUUACAAAAGAAAGAUCAAGAUAUCGUUAAUGCUAUGGGAUUGCUUGACCUUUCAAAGAAACGAUUGCAAAUGAUGAGAGAGGAUGAAUGA